AUGUCGUUGCCAGAGAUUAAAAAGGCGCUUCGUCGCCUGGUGAUUCCGGAGGGUGAGUGGCCAAAUGCCGACGAGCGGCGCCAGCCCUGGACACUUCUGGCAGAGCCCGUAGCAAAGUUGGAAAGCCAGAUAGGCCGACAAGGGGCUUCGAUUCUGGAUUUCGAUUCUUCACUGGUGCUGAGAGAUGCUUGGGCCGAUGCUCUACUCAGCCGACCAAUCGCACGUGUUUUUGCAGAGACCCCGAGCAUGCUUUCGGACAUGUUUGCUUUCGGCCGGCUCCUGGAGCAAAGCAGAUUUCGUGGUACGAUGUGCUGGCUGGACAGGUUUCGUGAAGUCGCAGCGCAUGUUGUUGCGCUCGUGGAACCGGAGACUGUGCAACGCUGCUUCGAAAGCGUGCGGAAGAAGCAGCCCCAACGCGGAGCGAGAAAACUUGGCGGUUGGGGGGCAGCCGACUGCCUCUGUGAGCUUCUGAGAAAAGGCCUUCCUCGAUGGUGCUGGGCUGGCAGCAUCCCGCCUUUCCACGACAGCCUGCUCCAGUAUAUCUUGGAACCAACUUUUCGUCAACACAGUCAACACUUCGAAGACAAAGAUGAAGCCCAGGGUAGACUUUGCAUCGCUGUAGCUGAGCGCCUCACUCUUGAGGAUCUGUGCUACCUGAACUCGUGCGGGCACUCUGCACUCCACUAUGCGAUCGAAUGCGUCCCGGGCUACUAUGCCAUUCAAUGCGUCCCAAGCUUUGCCAACCACCCUUCAAUGCAAAUCUGGAAAGAGGUGCGGGAUGUCAUCAAAGAUACCAUGGUGCAGCGGUUUAGAGCCGAGACAAAACCAGGGGAGAACCUGGACACUGCCUUGCAGAGUCUGCGUAGAGAAGCUCGUGCUUGUGGUCUUGAGGACUACUAUGACGACGACGACAAUUAUUGUCACUUCCAUGACGUCGUCGUUUCUUUCGAGGAGCAUCUCAGAAGCCUGACAGGGGAUGGAUGCUUGCCUUCCUUGACACCGGAUCGCUGUGCGCCCGCGGACCUUGCAGGGAGGAGGAGGAGGAGCCGCGGGCAGGAUGCUUGUUGGGCAGGCUGGCAUGGCUGGUCAGACAAUCCCGGAUGGUGGACAGACGGCUGGGAGUGGCAUCACCAUGGACCUGGCUGGGAAGCAGUCAUCGGUCCUGCAUGGCAGCAGGAAGUAUGGCAAUGCCAUGAGCAAGGCAGUGGCUAUGGCCGCCAGUCAUAUCCUAAAUUAAACCCCUAA